AUACAAUACCAGCUGGCUUCAAAGCAACUUACACAUACUGUGGAUAUUAGAUAAAAAGUGGAUGGUUGUCGAAGAUGCAAGCAGUGUAGAAAGUGAUUUAUGUCCCAGUGUCUGCACUGGAGUCAAGCUGAGGAUUCAAUACUUAAAGUCAACAUGAUGGAGAGGACGGGCAAUUGAUUAUUGUAGCCAAUCAAAUUUGCGGAUUGCUCCCAGCCUCAGGACUUUUGGCAUUAAGUUGGGCGAAAAUUUUUCUCUUUCCUUGCCACUUGUCAAACAUGUCUUCCAUCACCAUCGAUUCCCCCAUCGCUCUUCAGAUCCUGAACGGUUUCUUCGAGAACAACGAGUUCGUUAAGGGUGCUGCUGCCGCUGAGGAAGAGGAUGAAGAUAUCGAUCUUUUCGGUUCUGAUGACGAAGAGGUCGAUGAGGCCGCCGAGAAGCUCAAGGCUCAACGUCUUGCUGAGUACGCCGCCAAGAAGGCCAACAAGCCCAAGACCAUCGCUAAGACCACCGUCACUCUCGAUGUCAAGCCCUGGGAUGACGAGACCAACAUGGAGGAGUUGACCGCUGCUGUCAAGGCCAUUACCAUGGACGGUUUGGUUUGGGGUGGUUCCCAACUUGUUGCUAUCGGUUACGGUAUCAAGAAGCUCCAGAUCAACUGUGUUGUUGAAGAUGACAAGGUUUUGCUUGAUGAUCUUUCCGACAAGAUCUGUGAACUCGAGGACCAUGUCCAAUCUGUCGAUGUCGCUGCUAUGCAAAAGAUCUAGAGGCUGUACUGCGGCUACUUUGUAUAAUUAAAAACUAAAAAUAAAAAGAAAAAGCAGUUGACUUUUUGCUAUUCCUUGAAACUGACGUUCGCGUUCGGUGGUGUCACAUCUGUAAUCUAUUCUGAUCAGGUACAAUACUCGUCAUAUUCAUGGAACAUGCAUUGUGUUCUUGCGUAUUUCAUUAUACAUGAUGAUCCCUGGUUGGAAUCAGAACGCUGAACGAACGUAAAAAGUCAGAUCAUGAUCUAUAGCUGCAUUGAGCAAUAUCCAAC